AUGUAUGGGAAAGAUGUUGGAGUAGACAAAUUAAAUAUUGAGAUAAAAGAAGAAGAAUUUUUUGUACUUGUAGGUCCAUCUGGAGCAGGGAAGACAACAACCCUAAAAAUGGUUGCUGGUAUAAUCAAACCUACAGAAGGAAAAUUAUUUAUCGAUGGAGUCUUAUCAAACCUCAUUCCCCCACAUGAAAGAAAUGUAUCCAUGACUUUUGAGAGUUAUGCACUUUAUCCACAUUUUUCUGUUUACAAUAACAUAGCAAAUCCAUUGAGAAGGCAAAAGAGAAAUAAUCUUGAGGCUGAUAUUGAAAGAGAAGUCCAUAGAAUAGCUGCUAUGCUUGAAAUAGAACAUAUACUGGAUCAGAAACCUGGUGAAUUGAGUGGCGGUCAAAAACAGAGGGUUUCACUAGGAAGAGCAUUGGUAAGACAACCAGCUGUUUUUCUUUUAGACGAACCACUAUCGCAUGUUGAUGCUAAAGUUCGACAUAAAAUGAGAGUUGAACUAAACCGAUGUGGAAAAACAUCUUCAAUGAGGAUGAUUGUGGGUCUUGAAACUAUAACAUCUGGAGAAAUAUACAUAGGAGACAGGUUGGAGAAGCAGUAA